GAUUUGGUAUUUUUGUCGUUGCUUGCGCGUUCUCUACAACGUGAUCGGCGACCACUCAACCGUUCCGUGGCCGUGUUUUUGCAGGGCGCAUCACAUGAUCCCCAUUCUGGAUGUGUGCCCUGUAUUGCGCAUCUGUCGCAACUUGCCAAAGGUAUCUUAUUGGUGCAGGUGAUCGAAUACGCUAAUCUACAAGUUGCAAGCAGUAUGUACGAUACGUUCUUCGUACUCCAGAAGAUAAUAACGUUGCAAGUACAAGGUGACUCGGAUGCAAUGAGGCCCACUUAUGAAAGCUUAGAAUCAUUUGUUAAGCAGACAUUGGAUGCACUAAAACGUUCCAAGUUAAAAGGUGAUGAAUUGGAUACUUCACUGAAAAAGUUUGUUACUAAAUGGGAAAACUUAAAGAAAAUGUACGGAGAUUUUUUCCGUUCGGUGGAGCGAGAGCUGUUAGUGAGGAUUGAGUCCAAUGUGCCAGCAUUCAUGGAUGAAUUAAAACAGUUGUUUACUUUAACUUGCUGCGACAGUUCGUCGAUUGCUUUGGAUCAGUUGCCUGAGGUGGCAUCCUUAGUUGAAGGAAAGAUGCUGGAGAUUACAGAAUUUUUAGCUGUUAAGGCAGAACGCAAUAUAUCAAUUGAAGCCUAUUUGGAAGACUUUCCUGGACUCAUCCAUUUUGCAUAUGUUAAUCGCACAACUGGUCUCAUGAUUGCGCCCGAUUUGCGCGCUAAUCAGUUGUCUUCUAAAGAGCGUUUAUGGUCGAUGGUUGAACUCUCCCGUAACUACUUAAAGAAGGGCCACUCUACUGUUAUGUGGAAAGAUAAAGUAUUUAAUUACUCAUAUUUUCUUUGGUUUGAAGAUCAAUCGGGUGGUCAUAUGAAACUAGUCGACCUGCAGCAAUAUAUCGUCGCUUCGGCAUCGUCAAGUAAUGCAUUUAAACCUCACUUCGAACCAGGUUUGCUUGCAGCAGACUACUACCAACAACUUACUGAAGUGUGCUUUCCAAAGUCUGCUCCAGGUAAAAUUAAAUGCUACGAACUCUUCUGUAUACACUUGGGUUUAGUUACGGCAACUUGUGCUGUGGAGCAUUCCCGACGUCUUGUGGCCACCAUAGCCGACGUAGUAGGCGAUAAUAAUUAAUGAGCGAUAGUGGACGUAUCAACUUCCUUUCAUUUUAGUUUAUCGAGAUUCAGCAAUGCAUUCCAACGAUAUUCAUUUGGCAUAUUUUUACAAAACUGUUUAUUUGUAAAACUCUUCAUAUUUUUAACUUAGCUUUAACAUUUAAUAUUUAACACGCGCAUUGCGGAACCCAGGCGCUUUCUUUAAAAAUAAAUCAGGCAUUUAAUUAAAAGCGUUAA